AAAAUUCAAAAAAAUGGAGUAUGUAUUCUACCGAAUGGACGUCCACUUAAGAAGGCGAUUCGUAAAGAGUAUCGUAUGAUGAGCGAUAAAGAACGUGAACGUUUUCACGCAGCCAUCAUACACCUCAAACGAAAUGGUGAAUUCGAUAAGAUGGCUAUAAUUCAUGCGCAGUUUUCGAUCAGUGGUGGUGCACAUUCUGGACCUGCGUUCCUACCGUGGCAUCGGGAAUUCAUGAAAAGGUGGUCGCUCGAUCAUCAUUCACGUUGA